AUGGCGCAUGGCAAUCACACUGGAGUGUCGGCAUUCAUCCUUCUAGGAUUCAAAGGCAGCCGAUCAGUGCAAGCUGUCCUCUUUGGGAUGUUUUUGCUUAUCUACACCAUGAGCCUUGCGGGGAAUCUCAGCAUGAUCUCUUUAAUCAGGAUCGAGACGCGGCUACACACCCCCAUGUAUUUUUUCCUCAGCAACUUGUCCCUUGUAGACAUCACUUACUCCUCCAUUAUUGUCCCUAAGGCACUGGUGAACUUCUUAGCAGAGAGUAAAGUCAUUUCCUUUGCUGGGUGUGCUACGCAAUUUUUCUUUCACUCCUUCUCUGUGAACUCUGAGGCUUUACUUCUGGCUGUGAUGGCGUAUGAUCGAUUCAUAGCUAUAUGCAAGCCGCUGAUGUACACACUCAUUAUGUCCAGGAAAGUCUGUGUACAGCUGGUAGCUGCAUCAUACUUUUAUGCCUCCAUUAAUGCCACUGUGCAUACAGGCUCUUUGUUCAGCCUGUCCUUCUGUGGUCCCAAUAUCAUUGAUCACUUUUUCUGUGACCUCCCCCCACUCCAGAAACUCUCCUGCUCUGACACUCGCAUGGGUGAGACAGUGCAUUUCCUCUUUGCCGCUGUAGCUGCAUUAAGUACUAUCCUGGUCAUCCUCGUUUCCUAUGUUUCUAUCAUGGUGGCCAUCUUGCGGAUUCGCUCCAACGAGGGCAGACGCAAAGCCUUCUCCACCUGCGCCUCCCACCUAACGGCCGUGUCCAUACUGUAUGGGGCUCUGUUCUUUAUGUACUUACGACCCACAUCCAGCAACUCAUCAGAGUACGACAAAGUGGUGUCCGUGUUCUAUACCCUUGUGAUCCCCAUGUUGAACCCCCUGAUCUACAGCCUGAGGAACAAGGAGGUGAAGGACGCCCUGAGGAAGACAAUAUCCCAGAAAAUUAUUCCUCACUGA